UUGCCUGUUGGUUGUUACUCAGUAACAACGUGGGGUGAAGGGGCAAAACGGGAAAGAUUUAUUAUUAUUAUUAUUAUUAUUAAGUAUGAAGGUACGGCUUCAUUGAGAAGUGGAAUAAUGCAGGUCUCCAGUGUAAACGAUGUAAAGAUCUAUAAUCUGAGUUGUGGGAAGUCGCUACCAGAGUGGCUCUCAGAUCGGAAGAAAAGAGCUCUUCAGAAAAAAGAUGUUGAUAUACAAAGGAGAAUUGAGCUCAUCCAGGACUUUGACAUGCCAACAGUCAGCACGGCGAUUAAGGUGUCAAAAGAUGGGCAGUAUAUCUUAGCAGCUGGCACAUACAAACCUCGGGUUCGCUGUUAUGAUACUUACCAGUUGUCUUUGAAGUUUGAAAGAUGCCUCGACUCGGAUGUUGUAACUUUUGAUAUCUUAUCAGACGAUUAUUCCAAGCUGGUUUUCCUUCACUGUAACCGCUAUGUAGAAUUUCAUUCACAGCACAGCCACUAUUACAAGACGCGAAUACCAAAGUUUGGUAGAGACUUUUCAUAUCACUAUCCAUCAUGUGAUUUGUACUUUGUUGGAGCAAGCUCAGAAGUGUACAGACUUAAUUUGGAACAAGGAAAAUUUCUGAAUUCCUUACAAACAGAUGCUGUGGAGAACAAUGUGUGUGACAUUAACCCUGUCCAUUACCUGUUUGCCACAGGCACAUUAGAGGGUAAAGUAGAGUGCUGGGAUCCAAGGACUAGAGGUCGUGUUGGCUUACUGGACUGUGCUUUAAGCAGUGUGGCAGAAGAUACAGAGGUGGAAGGUUUACCAUCGGUGUCUGCUUUGAAAUUUAAUGGGGCUUUGCACAUGGCAGUUGGAACAAGCACUGGCCAGAUUUUGAUGUAUGAUCUCCGCUCUAAUCGUCCGCUUCUUGUCAAGGAUCACCAUUAUGGGCUUCCAAUCAAAUCCAUUCAGUUCCAGGAUCAAUUAGAUUUGGUUUUAUCAGCAGAUUCCAAGAUCAUAAAGAUGUGGAAUAAAGAUACGGGGAAAAUAUUUUCUACGCUUGAGCCAGAACAUGAUAUUAACGAUGUCUGCCUCUAUCCCAGUUCAGGAAUGUUGUUCACAGCUAAUGAAGAUCCUAAAAUGAAUACAUUUUACAUUCCUGCCUUGGGUCCUGCUCCACGCUGGUGCUCUUUCUUAGACAACCUCACAGAGGAGCUGGAAGAGAACCCUGAGACCACUGUAUAUGACGACUACAAGUUUGUCACCCGAAAGGACUUGGACAGCUUGGGACUUGCACAUCUAAUUGGAUCGCCAUUGCUCCGGGCCUACAUGCAUGGAUUCUUCAUGGAUAUCCGAUUGUAUCACAAGGUCAAGACCAUGGCAAACCCAUUUGCCUAUGACGAAUACCGCAAAGAUAAGAUCAGGCAGAAGAUAGAAGAAACAAGGGCUCAGAGAGUCCAGAUAAAGAAAUUGCCAAAGGUCAACAAACAGCUGGCUAUAAAACUUAUUGAAGAAGAGGAGGAGGCAGACCAGAGGACAUUGAAGAAAAAGAAGGGAAAGAAUCUGCCAAACAUCCUGAGCGACGAUCGGUUCAAAGUGAUGUUUGAGAACCCGGAUUACCAGGUGGACGAGGCUAGCGAGGAGUUCAGACUCCUGAACCCCAUUGUGUCCAAGGUGAACGAGAAGAGGAAGAAGCAGCUGCGGAAGCUGGAGUGUGAAUUAGCACCUGAACAGAAGGAAGAGGAAGAGCCGGAGGGCAAGCCUAGCGAUGCGGAGAGUUCAGAGAGUUCGGACGAUGACAAGGGCUGGGUGGAGGAGGUGAGGAAGCAGCGCAAGCUCAUGUACUUCGAGGAGAGGGCCAAGCGGCAGGAGAGGAAGGAGAAAGCCCGCGAGGAUCGGCGCACUUCACUGGAGCCCAAGUUCUUUGAGAUCAAAGCAGGAGAGGAAUUUAGGAGCUUCAAAGAUGCAGCCAGAAAACAGAAGUUGCAGAAGACAACACUUGAAGAGCGGCUGAAGUUUGAAGAGAAAUCGGGAACUUUGAAUGUGUCGGACGCCACAGUGGGCAGCAAGCAGCUGACAUUUAAAUUGAAGAAGACUGAGCAGCAGCAAAAGCAACAGGAAGCAGAGUGGCAGCACCAUCAAGAAAGGAAAAAACUGAGACGGGCUGCGGGGCAUCUCCAAAGCAAACCUGCCAGGGGGCGAGGUGGCAGCAUGGGCAGGGGUGGCAGCAGGGGGAGAAGACCUUUUUAAAGGGAAGGACCUUUAAUUAAUUGAUAGAGUGUCUGCAGGGCAGGUCUGUUUACUGGCUGCCCUGAUUAAUCCAGAGUUGUCCACAUGCACUGGGCUGUUGGCAGCAGCCGGCCCAAGGAACCGUGCCAUGGUAACCUGCUGAAAGGCCUUCAUUACCAGUUACCAGCAGACCUUGAAAAUACUUUGUUUUGUAGAAACUGUUUCGUUGUAUAGACAAAACAGUUCUAUUUUUUUUCCCUGUGUUUUUUUUUUUUUUUUUUUUUUUUUUUUAAGAACCUACAUAUCACUGUGUAUAACUGAAAUCCUAAAUCCAAUGCAAUCUUAAAUAGAGGCCUAAAUAUUCUUCUUCUUUUCACUUCAAUGUGUGUCUCUAUUAUUAUUAUUAUUAUUAUUAUUAUUAUUAUUAUUAUUAUUAUUAUUAUUUCACAUGCUUAUUUUCAGCUUUCAUUUCUGGACAGAUUUGAUGGGUAAUACAGUAUAUCCGUUCCUGUAACUUUCUAGAUGUACUGCAGUCAACAAAGCAUUCCACCCAAAUAUUUCUUAUGCCAAAUAACCACUUAACUACCAGCAAGCAAUGCAAAAAUAGUUUCUGAUGUAAUGUACUGGAGCUGUUACCUCCAAGCCUUAUUAAUGGGGAUUGUCCUUAUUGCUGAAGAUGAGUCAGUUGAGUUAAAAACAGAAUGUGGUUUCUGUAGAAAAGAUUCUAGUUAAUCCUUAACUAAAAGGUGUAUGCUGCAGAAUUAGACAACACAGCUCUGUUUUAAAAUACAUGCUUGUAGCAAUACCGCCCUGAAUUCUGAUUGCAUCAUAUCUCCACGGUUUCACUCUGACCUUUUUGAGAACACCAGAUGCCAAAAGCAAUGAAGGGAUCAUUUUUGGCUUUGAGAGAGGUAUCUGCCCUUAGAAAUUGUCACGCUAUCUAAACAUUGUUCUUUACUCCUGUCUUUGAUUUGUUGUUAUGACGAAGGUAAGCCCAAGAUUCUUCAAGUGACUUAAUUAUCACCCGGCAUGUGUAAGUAAGUGACUUCCUGCCAGCUUUCCUGAAGUCAACUGUUCACUUAGUUAAGAGACAUUACUGUAGUCUAAAGAAUAUAAGUAACAGGGCAACAGAAUAUAAAUCAUAUAUAUGGUUAUGGGACAUUACCAAAGAAACACUGGAAGGUAUCGGAGGUCUCGCAUACAUUUUUGACCCAACGUGCAAACCUGUUCAUCAGAUUCCAAUUGGUUUGUCAAGAAAAUGUGCUGAACCAAAGAAAACCUGUAUAGAAUAAAAUCAUCUGUUUUUAAUAUAACCUUAUGUAAACAUUUUAUAAAAGCAACUGUGCAAUAUUGUAUUUGUUAGCUGUAUUAUGAACUAUUUUGUUGGGCUAGAAAAAGGAAUGGUUAGCGUUGGAUGUAUAUACAUUUUGUUUAGGACAUCUAGACAUGUGAGUUUAUUGUUUUAUAAAGCUAAAUAUGGUGGCGUUAA